CGGUUUCGGUUGCAAUCGUUUAAUGUUCUUUCCAUUCCGCUGCAGCCAUGAACCGCAUCAUCGUUGCUGUCGCCGCCCUGUUUGCCUGCGCCUCGGCCCAGGUUUACCUGAGCCAGCCGAUCGCGCUGGCCCUGCAGCAACCGGCCCCGGUCGGGGAGUCGUCACUCGCGCACCCGGCCGUGGUGGAGAACGCACUGCACGAGGCCCAGUACCCGGACGAGUUCCGGAACAACUUCUACAAGAACCCACACAUCGCUGAGGCCCUCGCCAAGCACUCGUGGUUCGGCGAUAAGGAGAUGCCCGUGUUCGAGCGGCAAGCCGACAAGAUUCCGCGCGAUCGUAUUGCGAAGAUUUUCAAGAACGCCGGCUUCGUGCGCAGGCGUUAAGCAGACCGCCGAUGCUGAUGUCGAUUGGCGGUUGGCAGUACAAUGAUCACCGGACCUCAUCGGUCGGAGGAGAUGAUCCUUCGCGCUUGUCACGGGACUUUGCUCGACAGGUCACUACUUCCCUUUCUGUGUGUUCCUGAAGCGUGGGCUUUCAUGUGAAUGCUUGUGAUGUUCGUGUCUAUUUGCAUGUGUACAUAGUCGUUAACUUAUUGUGCCAAUAAAGUAUUUAUUUACGAUUA